GAGAGAGAGAGAGAGAGAGGUGAGAGCCGUAAAUGUGCAAGAUUACUUUGUUGAAAAUGAAAAGUGGAAAGUACAUUGUGUGUGAUUGUUGACUAAAAAAAACCAACGCCCCAGAAAACCCUAAUAAUAAUUGUUUCCAAACAUUACUUUUUCCAAAUGGUUUCUCAGAUCUAAAACCAUAGCCCAAGAAGAAUGUGCAGUGUGUGUGGUGGUGCAGCUGUGUUUAGUGAGGAGAAGGAGAGGGAGAUUGAUUGCAGAGUGACAGAAGAGAGUGAGCACACGCAGGCAAUUGUAUAAAUCGCUAUAUAUUUGUAUAUACGUGUGCUCACUUCUCUCUCUGUCAUCUCUAUCUCUCUGCUCCAACCUUUCCCAUCAUUACUAAUUCAUCACUGCACCAUCUACGUCAAAAUUCCUCACAAGUUUUGCUUUUUUUGGUAUUUUUUUGAGUGGAAGAAAAUUUCAUUUUAUGGAGUUAUAUCUUUGAUAGCGAAUUGAAUCUAAAAGUUUGAAUCUUGAAACCCUCUAAGCUCCAUCUCGUGUAGGAAAUUGUUUCUUCAAAUUAUCCCUAGCUCCAUUCCAUUUUAUCUAGCUAUAUAUAUGUUGGAUCACAAAAUUAAAAUUAAAGUUUGAAUCUUCAUGAAGCCCUCUUAGCUAGCUCCAUCUAAUUAAUGUAUACUGUUUCUUCAAAUUAUCUUUUUGGCAUAUUGUUUUUUGGGUAUAUUGUUUCAUCAAAUUAUCUUUCUGACAUUUUUUUGUAAUUUUUAUGAGGAAGAAAAUUUAAUCUUAUGUCUAGCUAGUUGUAUCUUAGAUCACAAAAGGAAAAUAAAAGCUUGAUUUUUUUUCUUUUUUCUUAUUUUUUAGGGAAAAAAGCUUGAAUCUUGAUGGAACCCAUUUAUACCUCCAUUCAAUGUAUUAUUUCUUGAAAUGAUUUAGUAUUUAUUGUUUAUUUCUUAAAUAUUUUGCGCAGAGGCGUGACUUUUGAUGUUGUUAUUGUUGGAGACGAAGAUUUGGUAAGUGAGGCUGUGGAUGCAACUCAGAAAAAGGAAAGAUUUUUAUUUCCUUGGUGGAGCUGAUACGCAUAGAAUUAUGGGUUGCAUCAAGAAUGAAAAUUUUCCAUAUACAGCACUUGCUACUUGUUGCUGGAGGCUGAAACUUGAUUUCUCAGAUUAUGAUGGAAGAAGCAAGUGGUGCUACGAAAAACCUGUGGGGUGAAAUUUCUGAUUCCAGCAGCAGCAGUCAUCACCAGAUUCCCACAAGGCAUCAAACGAGCACCGCGGGGGCCGGGGCCCCCGCGUCGAGAUUCAAAGGCGUGGUGUCCCAACCAAACGGCCACUGGGGCGCGCAGAUAUACGCCAACCACCAGCGCAUUUGGCUCGGGACUUUCAAAUCGGAGAAGGAUGCAGCAAUGGCGUACGACAGUGCUGCGAUGAAGCUCCGCAACGGCCUCACGAGUCGGAACUUCCCGUGGACCGACGCCACGGUCCGCGAGCCGAGCUUCCAGGAACAGUUCAGCACGGAAACGGUGCUCACCAUGAUCAAAGACGGCUCGUACGCCUCCAAAUUCUCCGACUACACGAGGGAUCAAGACCGGCACGGCCCCCGCGUGACGGCCUUGCACGACGCACCGGCCACGAGGCUGAGGCUCCUCUUCGAGAAGGAGCUCACGCCUAGCGACGUGAGCAAGCUCAACCGGCUCGUCAUCCCCAAGAAGUUUGCUGUCAAGUACUUCCCUAGAAUCUCUCACGCCACGGGAGGGAAAGGGGGAGGCAGCGUCGAUGAUAUCGAGCUGUUGUUCUUCGACCGCUCGAUGCGGUCGUGGAACUUUCGAUACUGUUAUUGGAAGAGCAGCCAAAGCUUUGUGUUCACUAGGGGCUGGAACAGGUUUGCGAAGGAGAAAGGGUUGAGAUCAAAGGAUAGGGUUAUUUUCUCCUCUUAUGAAUCCAGUGGUCAGAAAUUUUGUAUACUAGAUGUAGCGUACGACGACAUUAACGGGGGCCGGGGCGGGCCCGUCGACGAGGCGUCGAAGACGAAGAUGAAGCCAGAAGAUGAGAUUGAGAGAAUGGAUCGUGAGAGUGUAGAAGUGAAGGAAAAUGUGGCUUCUCCAUCGUGUAAAGGCCUUAAACUGUUUGGCGUCAGAAUUGUGUAAUUGGCAGCCAAGAGUUGGUUAAGUUGCCUUUUAUAUUCUUACUUUUUCUAAUUGAUGCACGAAUUAUGUAGAUUUGAAUUAAGUUUUAUAAAUUAUAAAAAUCAAUGUUUUAUCUCUGUAGUAAGAAAA